GAGCAGCCCGUCCUUUGGCUACUAAGGAUCCCUGGGGCACGCAGAUACUUCCAGCGGUCGCACCGGGAGACCGGAACCGCGUCGCACCCUGUCAUCGCAGAAGGAGGCUGCGACUACACACUAGGACUGCGGUUAAAUGUCUCCUUCACAUCCUGCUGCGUAACUCAAGCAAAGACUCCAAAGAGCUCAUCGGAGGAACAUUCCACACGAGGGCACGGAGGAGACCGGGGACCAUCACCGCGACGGGCCUCGCCCCAGCGCGCAUCUCAGCAUGCUGCCCGUGGACACGCGCAACCGGGCAUUAUAAUGCGCAGAUGGGUUAGGGGAUGGCAAGGGAACCUGCCAGAUGUGCUCUCCGGGCUCUGCAUGCACUUGGUCCUCCUCGUGGGCAGCCUGGGCCUAGCAGGUGGGCAGCGUACCCCCGAGCAGCUGGCAGCCAUCGCCAACUGCUCCAGGCACGAGCGCCACGCCAGGAACUACGACUACAUGGAGGGGGGAGACGUGCGGGUGCGUCAGCUCUUCAGCAGGACCCAGUGGUUUCUCACCAUCGACGAGCAAGGCAAGAUUGGCGGCACGCAGGACCCCACCAACUGCCACAGUAUUCUUGAGAUCCGGACGGUCUCUGAAGGAGGAGUGCUGGCUAUUAAAGGGGUGAAAAGUCAAUACUAUAUAUCUAUGAACCGGUCAGGAGGUCUGCAAGGAAAGAAAACCUACAGUGAAAACUGCAACUUUAAAGAGGUUUUCCUGGAGAACUACUUCAAUGCCUACUCCUCUGCAAAGUGGACCACGCAAAACGGCAAACAGAUGUUCCUUGCGCUGUCAUCAAAGGGCAAGCCGCUAAGGGGGAGGAAGACACGAAAGGAGAGCAUCUCGUCUCAUUUCAUACCUUUGAAAUGCAAAGGAGAACAGAAGGCUAUGGAUUAAUGUGUGCAUGAUGCCUCAAUGGGGCACCGACUGCCAAAACGGAAAUAUACUUCUGACUGUUAAUGAGGAUAAACUCAAAGUUCAAGAGAUUCCUACAAACCACUGUCAAAUCAAUAACAUGAUGAUUAAUAUUUGACAAAACUUGUCCAUAGCUAGUGGAGAUGUCAUUGACAACUGAUCCAGUCAGUGGUUUGGUGAUAACUACAUUUGUUUUUAAAGUGUUGUCUUGUCAGAACUGUUUGCUGCUGAUUUUUCAAUUUACAUAGUGUUAAUAACCAGAGAAGAAAUGUAACUAUCCAUUACUACUGGUUUCCUUUUUAGUGAUUAAUUUAAAAAGUAAUUAACAGCUUUGAAUAAAUCAUGGUCUGUAAUUCUCUAGGCAUUCUGUACAAAGGGCAUGUCUAAACUUAAGGUUAAAGUGGCUUUACAUCCAGCUAAUGGUUUAAUAAAAGAAUGAGUACAGGUGAUCUAUCAGUGGUUGACAGUCCUGCAAAAGGGAUGUGAUGCACCUGCAAUUUGAAUUCUCACAUUUGUAACAUAACACUUCACUGAAACUGAUUUCUUUAUGAAGGCUACAACAAGGACCCAAAUAUUCUGUCAGCCACCAGGACAAAGGCUUGUCACCACUGCUCUGUGUAGUAGUAAUGUAGGGGAGUGAAACAGAAAACAGAAAAAUGUUCAUACGUGUAACAUGCAUACUGAGUGAAGUAGUAUUUCUGAGUGUGAAAGGAUACGAGGUACUGACAGUCAUUCUUUAUCAUUACAACCCAUAUUGUACUUGUGAAAAGCAAAGUGAUUUAAAAGAAAUUAAUGUUUCAAAAGGUGAUCUUGAAAUAAUUUUUCAAGUAAUUCCCAAAAAGAGUAAAAGCGAACACAAAGCUCACCCAAAAUCUUGAAGAAAACUAGUCAGUUGUUGAAUAUUACAUUAAAAAAAAGCUAGAGAAAAUGAAAAAAUUCCAAA